ACGUUCGAUAAUUCGCUGAUGACAAUGACAACAUUCAAAAGCUAAUACAAUCCUUAAAAUACAUCUCAGGUAUGAUUUAAAUUAAAUAAGUAUUGAAAACAUUCAGACACACGGUUAACAUGAGCGUAGAGUGUAAAGUCUCCAGUCCGUCCUUUCCCAUUCGGGUUAGGAGCGCUAUUCCGAAACACCGACAGGAGUUGUUGAAAUGGAAUGGCUGGGGAUACAAUGAUUCGAAAUUUAUCGUUGAUAAUAAGCAAGUAUAUUUUUCAGGAAAAAGAUAUCCCAUUGGUGAACUGCGCCUACCAAACCUGAUUGGUUGGGUUACACAAACUUUGGGCGUAGAUUUAUCGAAUCCCAGUUCAUGUCAGGACACACCAACGAACUCACAAUAUCCCCCGCCCAUCAUACCUGAAGAGAUUUUUAAGCAAUUAAAAUCCCUUCAUAUAUCGUACUCAGUGGAUGUUUUGGAUCGAGUGGUUCGCGCCCAUGGACACACGUUGCACGAUAUUUUCAUUUUGCGAAAUGGGCGAUUUACUCGCAUUCCUGAUCUGGUCCUCUGGCCCGAGUCCCAUGAAGAUGUUUUGCACAUUGUAAGGCUAGCUGAUGAGUUUAAUGUAGUUAUUAUUCCGUUUGGUGGUGGGACAGCAGUAUCUGGGGCGGUAGAAUGUCCAAGUGACGAAUCCAGGCCGAUAAUCUCGCUUGACACUUCGCAAAUGAACCGAAUUUUGUGGUUGAAUAAGGAUAACUUGGUGGCCUGUUGUGAGAGCGGUAUUAUCGGCCAAGAUCUGGAAAGGGAAUUGAAUCGUCUUGGCUACACUUCGGGGCAUGAGCCUGAUAGUUAUGAGUUUUCUAGUUUGGGAGGUUGGGUAGCGACUAGAGCGUCAGGCAUGAAGAAAAACACCUACGGCAAUAUCGAAGACUUGGUAGUUCACGCCAAAAUGGUGACGCCGAAAGGAGUGCUGGAAAAGAGCUGCCAAGUGCCGAGAAUGAGCUGCGGCCCCGAUUUCAAUCACGUAGUAAUGGGCUCAGAAGGAUCACUUGGUGUUGUCACGGAAGUUAUCCUCAAAAUCCGCCCGUUGCCUCAAAGCAAGCGAUAUGGAUCUAUGGUGUUUCCAGAUUUUGAAUCAGGCGUCAAAUGUAUGAGGGAAGUCGCCAAGCAAAGAUGUCAACCCGCAUCCAUUAGACUAAUGGAUAACGAGCAAUUUAAAUUCGGCAUGAUAUUGAAACCCGAAUCGUCUUCUAUGAGUUUGGUAUUGGACGGGUUGAAGCAAUUUUAUAUCACGGUCAUAAAGGGUUUUCAUCCUGAUCGAAUGUGUGUCAUGACGUUGCUCUUUGAAGGAGAUGAGAAAGACGUAAUAAUAAGCGAGCAGAAGAUUUAUGGAAUCGGGAAACUGUUUGGCGGCGUUCCCGCAGGAGAGCGAAAUGGCGAAAGGGGAUACAUGUUGACUUUUGUUAUUGCAUACAUCAGGGAUUUGGGGUUGCAAUACAAUGUGGUGGCAGAAUCGUUCGAAACAUCCGUGCCUUGGGACCGAGCCAUCACUCUAGUAAAAAACGUUAAAUACGUUGUCACCACCCAGUGCCAAAGACAUGGAAUAACACAUUUUAUCAUCAACUCCCGAGUUACGCAAACCUACGAUGUUGGAUGCGUUAUUUACUUCUAUUUGGGGUUCAAUUACUCAAAUAUAUCCGAUCCUGUUGGAGUGCACCAUCAAUUGGAGGAGAAGGCUCGCGAUGAGAUUAUCGCGUGCGGUGGCAGCGUCUCGCAUCAUCACGGAAUAGGAAAACUCCGACGAAAAUGGUACAAAGACACAGUUUCCGGAGUGGGUGUGGACCUGUACGUGUCCACUAAACGAGAACUUGACCCAAAAAAUAUUUUUGCCACCAAUAACUUUAUUGCGUCGAUACCAAAGAGUAAACUGUAGUGUUGCCGCGGGAUCUUGCCUAGCCGGUUUUGCCAUUUUCUAUGCCAAAUUUUUUUGAUUAGUAUUUAUUUAAUAGGUUUUGCACGUCGUGAAUUUUUGACCAUUUGCACCACAGUAUUAUCAUAAUAGUAGUUACCUUUUAGCUUUAAGCACUUAGUAUUUAUACAUUGAUAAGUGGUCUGAUUAGUAAUUUAAUGUGUUUGAAACAGUUUGGACUGAAUAAAGUGUGUUUAUUUUG